CCGGGAUGGGAGGGGCAGCCUCCUCCGCUGAAUUGUGUUGAUGUGUGCAAGCGGCACGCAGACGCUGCAUACACCAGAGACAGAUGCUAGAACGAAGGAAUGCCCAAGGUCUGAUGACUAGAUGCAGAUAACUGAUCAUAAUUGGCCAUAGUUACUCUUUUGCCGUGAUAUUGACAUCCUUGUUCGAGCAAGCGGGCGUCACAACCUUAGCAAUGGGGUGAAGGUCCGCCGGGAGCGAAACGGUGCUGGGUCUAAUCUCUAGUCAACGGUAUGGCGGCGCUACAGUUCUUGGAGAAUGGAACGCGUCAGAAACGGCUUCUGUGGGUGUGGUACGCGCGCCGAUCAUAUUCCUCGUUUACGGAGAAUCUAUCGAACCCAGCGCACAAGCUGCAAAGCUACGUUUCUCACAGUAGCGAUCCGUACCUGAAUCUCAGCAUCGAAGAUCACAUUUUGCGCAAGUCACCGCCUGACAGCACAAUCCUCUUUCUUUACGUGAAUCGACCAUGCGUCGUGAUAGGGCGCAACCAGAACCCGUGGAGCGAGGUCAACCUCGGCAUCCUCAAUGCUGCGACCGGCUCAAAGGAGCUCAAAGAUUCCGAAUCUCCAGGGUUAGGCGCGGUUGAUAUUGUGCGGCGGCGGUCCGGAGGUGGUACUGUCUUCCAUGACGAAGGCAACCUCAACUGGAGCAUCACCUGCCCGCGCACCUUGUUCACCAGGGACAAGCAUGCUGAGAUGGUAGUGCGGGCGUUGCGAAAGCAGGGCAUUGAGCGAGCCAGAGUCAACGAACGACAUGAUAUCGUUCUUGACCAGGGACACGAAAAGCGUCCGUCCGACCCUGAAGACAUGCACCGCACCCCGUACAUGGUUGACGAGGGCACACCGAAGCCACUAAAGGUGUCAGGCUCGGCAUACAAGCUUACUCGCCAGAGGGCUUUGCAUCAUGCAACAACUCUCCUGGAGUCGCCCAACCUCCACAUCAUCUCGCAAUAUCUGCGAUCUCCAGCGAAGCACAACAUCGAGGCCAAGGGUGUUGAGAGUGUCAGCUCGCCAGUCUCAAACAUUGGCCUCGACCUGAACGCGUACCAAAAGCGCCUGCAAGAAGUUUUUGCAGAGAUGUACGCCAGCGUUGGCAAGGUCGAUAUCGCCGAAUCGGUCGGCGACGAGUACAUCAACAUCCCUGACAUCAGAAAGGGGUAUGAUGAGCUCCGUACGCUCGAUUGGAUGUGGGCGCAAACACCGCAAUUUGACGCAAAGCUUGACUUCGUCAAUGGCCCUGAUAUCACCAUGAACGUCCACCACGGAAUCAUAAAGAGCUUCAAUGUUGAAGCUCACUUAGUGGAUGAUACACACGAAGACAUUCGUACGGCUCUUGUCGGUACAAAGCUGCAAGAUGUGGCUGAUUGGACAAUGCUGCUACAGGCGAAUGUUGAGCCUUUCAACGAUCGAUGUGCCGCCAUUGCACAGCGUCUUGAAGAGCUAUUGCCUGUACCCGAAUUUCCAAGACGUUGA